UCUCAGACCGCGCGUCUCCGCCACCACCGCUACUGCUUGCUGCUGUCUCUCUGCUGUCUGUCUGCUGUCCCCCGUGUCUCCGCCGCGUGUCUCCGUGUCCCGCCUCCGCCUCUCGCUCGCCAUGGCCACGGACGAGCUGGCGGGAAAGCUGCAGCGGCGCCUCAAGCGGGAGGAGGAGGAUGGCGAGGAGGAGGAGAAGGAGGGGACGGGCGAGGCGGCGCGGCCCUCGGCGCGAGCCUUCAACCCCUACUCGGACUUCAAGGAGUUCUCGCGGAAGCAGAUCAAGGAGAUGGAGCGCAUGUUCAAGCAGUACGACGCCGGGAAGGAUGGAUUCAUCGACAUGAUGGAGCUGAAGCUCAUGAUGGAGAAACUGGAAGCCCCACAGACCCACCUGAGCCUCAAGAACAUGAUCAAGGAGGUGGACGAGGACUUUGAUGGCAAGCUCAGCUACAGAGAGUUCCUUCUGAUUUUCCGCAAGGCAGCGGCGGGGGAGCUCACGGAUGACAAUCCCCUCAUGGCGCUCGCUCGCCUCUCGGAGAUCGACGUCUCCACCGAGGGCGUCAAGGGCGCCAAGACCUUCUUCGAGGCCAAGGUAGAGGCCAUCUCGAAGUCGAAUCGCUUCGAGGCGGAGAUCAGGGCGGAGCAGGAGGAGAAGAAGCGCGAGGCCGAGGAGAAGAAGCAGCGGCAAGCGGCGUUCAAGGAGCUGCGCUCCGCAUUCCGGCCAUGAGCGUGCGCACGGCGCCACCCAUACCCCUAACCCCAACUACAUCUCCAUCUCUUCCUAAUCCCAUCCUUAACCCCAAACCCAACUCAAUGUCUAACCCCAACCCAAUUCUUAAGUCCAUCUCUCUCCACCCUCCUUGUCCCACGCAUGGCCAUCCUCCGCCUAUGAACACAUCCAUUACCAUUCAUGUGCCCCAUGAGCCCGAAUAUCAAAUCUGGUUGGUAGCAGCAGCAGCAGUUUUUUUCAUGAAAGUGCCAUUGGGAACGGGACUUGGACGCACGGGGGGAGGGAUGGGACACGUGGCAGUGGCGAGGGGGUUAGGGGAGUCCACGUCGUGGCAGGGUGCUGGGACAUGUGAGACCGAGGGGCGAGGGAGUCGUCUCUGUUUUGGCCGCACCUCUUUAGUGUUUUUUUUAGAAAAUAGCCGGGAGCCCCGGCCGCUGGCUCAAACUACUGCUGCCGCUGCUACUGCCACUGACACCUCCCUUGGUGGUCGCUGUGGCUUCUCCGCGUCACUGCUGUCGAAGCCGCAUGCGUCGCACGUCGACUAUGAAUGUUACAACUACGCCCUGCUCAGCAAACACCGCACCGCCAUCACUUACCACGCAAUGGGCACUGGCCUAAGGGCUCCGUCGGUAUACAGUUGCCACCUGGCUGGGUUUGACCCGAACACAAAUGCCAAUUCCCAGACUGUCCGGGUCAAACCCAGGCAGCACUGUGUUUGGGUGGCAGGAAUUUAUUUGAACUUUAUUGCAUUUACCCGGACAGUGUUGAGAGAUCUGGGCCAACUUACAAAUAUGUGCAGAUUUGGUCUACAGUGAAAAGGUGGGAAUCCUGUUUCGCUAUUAAUCAUGGACUCAUUCCCAUACUGGUGAAAAUAUAUCCUUGGUCAAUGCAUACAGUGGCAAAUUCCCUACCUUGCAAUUCCCCCCGCCGCCUACCAUCCAUAAUUCAAGGCCUCGCCACCUCUACGGAAAUUGGGUCCUGUGUGUGUCUUGCAUUUGUACCCCGGUCUUGAGGUUAGGAGGCAGGGCCGUACCGAACAGCGAGAUAACCGUGGGCAAAACGCAACGAGCCAAAUUCCUGUGGCACUUGCCAGCGAAGAUCUCAACCUUUGCAGGUCGGGCUGCUUGAAUCUGCAUGGCUCUGUUUACGUGAGGUUUUACGUGCAUGUGGGUUCCACAGGAGAGCGCUCGCAUCCACGAUUGCCGGGGAGCGGCGGUGUUCGGGGCGCACUUUGCCCGGCGUAUGCCCCCCACCCUGCGCUUGGUUGGUCCUUGCCGCCCACGCCCGCCGUUAAGACGCCGCUCCCGCGUCACCCGCGCGGCUUCAGUGCCCGCUUUUUGGCCAGUUAAGAACUACCAUACCAAAUGUUACCUAACGUGCCCUGGUCAGAGUGUGUGAACCCAUGCUGGGAUUAACAGCAGACCAGAUCCGCGAGCCAGUAUUCAUUCCACUGCGGUGACGUCUGCAUCGCGUUUUGCGUGGUGCCGUUAAAAAUCGGUGCCGCGAGGACAACACAGAUACCGGGGUCCAUGUCUGCUUUCAGAGACGACGCUCACAGCCCCCCAUCUCGGGGCAGUGGUGGGGUGAGUGUUGGGUCGCCACUUCAACAGGACCCCAGUCUCACACCCCGCACUGGACUGGGGUCAGGGUGAUGGUCACGGUUAUGAUCCGGUAUGUAAUGAUUCAUAUUCCCCCACCCCAUGUAUUUACACUUACGUUUGGAUUGCUUCUCGUCUGUCAUCUCAUUUACUUGUACAGCCCCGUCGGGCUCAACGUAACAUUUCCAAAACGUUUGUACAAAUUAUGAAUAAUCGGUCUGUACAUGUACGGCGCUAUGCAUGUAUCGUAUAAAUCUAUUUUGUCUGAUUAACUAUGGAAUCGUUGCAUGUCUAGUUGGGGUUUAUAUUCUGUGCCGGGUGUAUCCCGGUUGGAGGGGUCCUGAUUGAGGGGCUUGCGCGUUUUAACAGCGUCCCGGUUUAGGUGUCCCAGUCUCGAGAAUGCGCAGCCCGUCCGCUCGACCACUGCGAUGCGCGCGUCACCUCGCACCCGGCGCCACGCCGGGUGAGCGGCUCCUCGCGAGCGGGCCGGAUCGAGCGUGCGCAAGGCGAGAUGACCGUGCGCUGUAAAGGUUCAUCGGUGCCCCCACUGGUGUGCGUGUAUCGUGGAUGGCUGCGAUGGUUGUGGUCUUGGUGAGCGUUAAAGAAAAUAUUUGAAUAUAAUUUUUUGUAUGUAAAAAAAUAAAUGUUUAUCAAUAUUGCUCUAUGGGUACCGGAAA